GACUUGACUUGAACAUUGUACUCUUUAAUACUUUAAUAGCUAUAAUUCAUUAAAAAAUAUUAAAAUUUUAAUUUAUAAAAUAGCCAUCCCACAUCAAAUAGUGAAUCAACAAUUAAUAUAAUAGACACAACUACCAACUACCUACAACCUCACAAUUUCCUAUUACCAUAGCCACUAUUCGUUAACUUUAACUUAAUUAAUUAAUACCAUUGGUUCAUAUACGUCCCCGAAACCUUCUAUAAAUACACCAUUCUAGGAAACUCUUAAACAUCAAGCUAGCAACUAAGAAAUCAAGCCAAACACAAACCACACAAAACAAACACAAAGGCAACACGUACGUACGUAGAUUUGUAAUGGCUAUGGCGAUGAAGCUAACCUGUGCAGUGCUUAUGUGCAUGAUGGUGGCUGCACCAUUCGCUGAAGCAGCCAUAAGUUGUGGUAAAGUGGCCACCUCAGUUGCGCCGUGCAUUCCCUACAUUACGGGUAAAGGUCCUGGCCCAACGGCAGGUUGCUGCAAUGGGAUCAAGGCUCUGAAUGCAGCAGCUUCAACACCAGCUGAUAGGAAAACAGCAUGUAAUUGCCUCAAAAGUGCUGCUGGUUCCAUUGCGGGGCUCAACUAUGGAACUGCUGCUGGUCUGCCUGGAAAAUGUGGUGUCAGAAUUCCUUAUGCUAUCAGUCCUAACACCAACUGCAAUGCUGUUAAUUAGAGAAUUGAAGGCUAUCACUUUCUAAGAGGAGAAAAAUGGCGCAAUUUAGGAUGAGUACUGGCUCAACCUAUUACGUACUAGACAGAUCUCGUUUAUGAUAAUAAUAAUAAUAAAAAAAAAAGUCUCCAUCUUUAAUUUGUAAUACCCGUUUUAUUAAUUUGAUGUAUUCAUGUAUUGUAAUUUGUAACUCGUGCUGCGGUACUUAGUAGUUAGUACUAUCUACCUUUAUUUACUGAGUUCAAAUAUGUAUGCUAUGUUUCAUGCAUCCUUGAUGCUUGAUCCAUUUUCACUUAUGAAAUAGAGGAUGUUUUAAUAUUUGAUAA